GUGAGAGGCGACAGAUAGGCGACCCACCGAAAACAUUUGGACACUAUUUAACUUUAUCUGGACCACCCAGACACACUUUGGGCUUUUGAUUUCUACCAUGACGCCGUUAAUUGUGCGCGCGCGGUACGAUAAAUGCGUUUUAACGGCUAGCGAGCGGAAGUGAGAGAAGAGGGAAGUUGUGAGUGGAUGUAGGAUAAAGAAACAACCAUAAAAGUGAUUUUCGUCAAGUUCAACUCACAUUUCGUCUUUCUAGAGGAAGGGUGGCCCUGGAGAGUUUGGAGGGCAUGGACACCCACGUGAAGGAGGGACAACUUUAUGUGCAGCAUCAAAAGUUUGGAAAGAAAUGGAAGAAGAACUGGUUCGUCCUCUACCCCGCCAGCCAAAACGGCAUCGCCCGCCUCGAGUUCUACGACGCACCCUCGGGUGGAGUUGGGGGGAUCGGCGGAGCCUCGGGAAGCGGGUCCAAUGAGAAAACCAGGAAGCUUGACAAGAAGAUCAUCCGCUUGUCAGAGUGCAUUUCCAUCCUGCCGGCGCUGACGGAGAGCUGUCCCAAAGAAAACAUGGCAGCGUUCUGUGUGGAGACCAACGACAAGACGCACGUGUUUGCUGCAGAGAAGAACGCCACCAAGGACUGGAUGGACACCAUGUGUGACAUCGCAUUUCAGGGAGGAGGCAGCAGCAGCACUGCUGCAGACUCUAAUGGAGGAGCCCUGGACCUGCAGAUGUCUGAAAACCUCAUCUACUACUCCAGAGAGGAGGUGAACGAGUUCUGGGUGAGCGUUCAGCGCACCGAGGCGUCAGAGCGCUGCGGGCUGACGGGCAACUACUGGCUGAAAGCAGAAAACGACAUUUUAAUCUUGAAGGAGCCGAAGACCAAGAGGAACGUUGUCGUGUGGCCCUACAAGCUGCUGAGGAGAUACGGGCGAGACCGGGUGAUGUUUUCGUUCGAGGCAGGCCGGCGCUGCGACUCGGGCCCCGGUAACUUCACCUUUGACACCAAGCAAGGCAACGAGAUCUUCACGCUGGUGGAGCAGGCCAUCCAGUCGCAGAAGGUCCUGGCUGAGGAGCGCCACCUCAGCGGCCCCAUCAACUUUGACCCAGACUGCCCUUCGUCACUGCAGUACAUACGCAACGCCGCUCCUAGUAGCUUAACAGCAGGAAAUGGAGACAGCAGCAGCAGCUGCAGCAGUCGGGAGGCCGACGGCGAUUCAGGCGGCAGCAAACCGGGCUCUGCUGAUGGUGUGCUUGGGAAGAGAGAGGGAACGGCAGGAGGGCUCAAGGGGAGGAGUUUACCAGAACCUCCAGCCAUCUUGGGAGUUUUGGGAGCUGGGGGGCCCCCUGUAAAGGCUCCCAGGGCGCAGGCGGCAGCAAAAGGUUUUUCCUCAGCUGACGAACAUGCAGCUCUUUAUUCUGAGCCGGCAGAUUCAGUCCGCCUGCCUCUGCACAGCAGCCACUGCCUCUACUCCGACCCAGUGGACAUUAUCAAAGGUCAAAGCAGCGCCCCUUUAGUGCCCACCCCACGCCUCCGACCAGUCGGAGACGAGGCUUCAGGAGGUGUCGUCCAAGCGGAUCAUCACCUUGGAGGCAGCAACCACAGGAAGCCGCCUGACUUGUUCUCGCACGUGUACGACCGGAUCAGCCUGGAGCUGAACCAGAAAACGAGUGCGAUGAGUCUAAACGGGGGUGCUGGGGGAGGACGAGGGGUGAACAGUAACAGGCGACCCCCAGGAGGUCAAGCAGAAGGGGCUUCAUUGCCUCCUGCUGCUCGUCUGGAGCACAUAUACGAUGAACCCGAGGGGUGCGCCUCGACCUCUAGUUCAGGGAUGAGUAUUUACGACGAGGCCCACAGCCAGAGGAGACAGGAAGAGGGGGCGGCCUCCGGACCAGAGGGAAAUUACAGCACCCCCUCGCUUGGAAAGCAGUCGGAGUCCCACAAACACUCGCCUCCUCUGCUGGCCCAGAGCCGUUGCGUGCCGCAACCUCCGGCGCCGAGGUGGCCUAAACCUGUCACCACUCCUAAGCCGGGCAGACUUGCUCGGAAGGAGCCGGUGCCGCUGCCCACUGGGAAACAUGGAGGCAGUAAUGUGAACAACAACAACAAUAUUUGGGGAGGAGGAGACGGGGGGAUGGAGCUGUACAGCAAAGUGUCGAAGCGGAAACCUCCUUCUGAUAAUUCGUGGUACGACCAGCAGCAGGCGCCGCUGAGAUCACCUGAUAUCAUCUAUGACAACUUUGGAGAUAUUUGACAUGUUUUUUUUGCUACAAGGACUAAACAUGUAAUCUUCAUCCCCUUUGUGAGAAGAGGAGAAGUGCUAAUGCCUUUUAUUCAUGCAGCUUUUGUAAACACAUUUCUUCAAACUGUGGACUGGCAUAAUUAUUAGAGACAGUCGAUUCAUUCUGUGUGUGUGUGUGUGUGUGUGUGUGUGUGUGUGUGUGUGUGUGUGUGUGUGUGUGUGUGUGUGUGUGUGUGUGUGUGUGUGUGUGUGUGUGUGUGUGUGUGUGUGUGUGUGUGUGUGUGUGUGUGUGUGUGAGAAAGAGAGAGAGUGGGUGUUUGCAUGGUCAAACCCAUAACUGGAGUACCAAGCCACAGUGUGGUUGGGAGCAGCCACUUCACUUGAACACACACACAUAGAAACCGUCUGGAUUUGCCAAAAGGAGCCGGCCUACAGGCUUCACUUUAACAAGCUGAGAGAGCGGCUGGCUCUUCAUUUAUAAAAUGUCCGCUGUGCUUAUGAAGUAACUGGGAAACAUGUUUUUGCACUGCUUCGGUUUGAAGUAUCUUUUAGGCUUUACCAAAAUGAAUUGAACUUUUUCUGUUUGUGUUUUCUGGACUGAUUUAUACUAAAUCCCAAUAAACUGGAGAGAUUUACCACAUUUUCAGCCCAGGACACUAAUAUGUGACGUAGUCGCAUCUUAGGAUCCACUGAAUGGAAAAAUAUUGUUGCUACUGUUUUAGAGGAAACAUGAAAAGUGAUUUUUUUAAGACGUAAUGAGGGUCACAUGGUCCUCGUGUGGUUAUUGAAUUACAGAGGUGACUUCCUGGUUAAGAUAAUAUUAUUGAAUCCUUUAUGUUUCUAUGUACAGACAAACUAAAUAUGAAACUAAUCAACUCCCUGCAAUGUGUCAAUAUGUGUGUCAGAAACAGCUGUGCUGUCUGUAAAUAUAACUAUUAAAAAGGAUCUUUAAAUGA